UCACGGCAAUCGGGCGGCUCUCCGGCAACCGGGUACCUGUCCAUCGACCUAACCUACAGACGCGCCAUUCUCAAUUUAGUAAAGUGGCAUACGAUCCUUAAUAACGUAUCCUCGACGGUUUUCCUUUCGAUGCGAUUUGAAUCGGAUUUUGUGCGCUACGGAUGGCCAGUCUGUGAUUCAAACAUGCAUCCCAUCGCACUUGCCGCGUUGACGUCACAGCGACGUCCACUCGAACGCCAAAAACAUUGGCGUAUCGCCCUUGGCUUAAACAACCUGAAUACUGACAUUGGCACGGAGACUCGCCUCGCCUUUGAAUACGAGAUCACCGGGAAUUGAUAUACACAUCGUGUCCGCCGUAAAUUUUUUGCAAUAUCCUCCUCUUAUUUCUUAUCAGCUAUCAGCUAUCACCUUCCACCAUGAGCUCGAGCGGUAUCGUCCAGCCGCUCUUGGGAGGCAUUCAGGCCACAGUCUCCGUCAUCCUGACCAUCACCUUCGGUGUAGCUUUCUCCCAAUUUGGCCUUCUUGAUGCGGAUGCUGCCAGCAAAAUCUCAAGGACAUCAGUGAAGGUCUUGCUGCCAUGUUUGCUCAUCAACAACCUGGGCAGCCAGCUGAAACCUGAGACAGCGUACGAAUACGUACCCAUUAUCAUCUGGGCCAUUUUCUACAAUGUUCUCUCGAUCUUCCUUGGUCGCGCGCUCUGCCGAGUAUUCAACUUGCCUCGCUGGACGAUCCCGGCCAUCGCAUUCAAUAAUACUACGAGUCUACCGCUCCUCCUUAUCCAGUCAUUAGAAACGACUGGCGUUCUUAGCCCAUUGGUUGGCAAAGGCGAAGAGACCUCCGAAGCCGUGUCACGUGCACGUACCUACUUUUUGGUCUCAGCUGUUGUGUCACACGCACUUACUUUCGGCAUUGGCGGCAGUGAGCUGAACGGUGACAACGAAGACGCCUCUGAAGAUAGCAAGAAGCAGAGUGACGACAGCAACGGCGCGCAGGUUGAUGGCACACCAAGACAGCGCUACCGUGACGACCCUGAGGCACAAGAAGACGCCGAUGAAGAUGAUGAAUCGUCUGACUCUGCUCCUGAGACUUCGCUCCUCCCACACGCAGUUCGUCACCGUGUAUUCAGAGCCAACAAGCGUACCCAAAAGACUGUCAACGGACUCAUGGAGAAGCUUCCUGUCUGGCUCCAGACCGCCAUCAUGGCAGUCUACAGUUUCAUGACACCUCCCCUAGUCGGCGCCCUCAUCGGUGGCGUUAUCGGACUUACUCCUCCCCUGCACACGCUGUUUUUUGCCAACAGCAGCGAUGGCGGCUACUUUAAAGCUUGGCUCACUCAGAGCAUCAAGAACGUGGGCCAGCUGUUCGUCACUUUGCAAGUUGUCGUGGUAGGUGUAAAACUGGCACAGGCCCUCCGAAAGGAAAAGCGUGGCGAGGAUACAGGAAAGCUCAACUGGUUCCCGGUCACCAUUAUCGCUGUUGUUAGGUAUAUCAUCUGGCCUGCUAUCAGCAUGGCUCUCAUAUACGUCAUCGCAGCAAACACAUCUUGGCUACCGAAAAACCCUAUGCUGUGGUUCGUCAUGAUGUUGAUGCCCACUGGACCCAGCGCCAUGAAGGUCAUGGUUCUCGCCGACGUCGCUGAUGCAGAGCACAAGGAUAAGAUGAUUAUUGCGAAAUUCUUGGCUGUAAGUACCACCCUGCUAACAAAUGACCAAUGUUGACUAACACGUUUCCAGAUCAUCUAUGCAGCCUCCCCAUUGAUGACUCUGUCCGUUAUCUCAGGAUUGCAGGCGUGCAACGCCGCCAUGUAGUGUGCGACAUGGUAUCAGUUCAGGACUGGGCUCAGUCAGACCAUCAAAGUGCUCUUCUACAGGAGCUGUUCAAAUACAGUUCAGUGUUUACAUCAACGCUAUGCACUCUAUCCAAUCGCCGCCUCCAUAUCCUGUCUAGAUACCGGCGACUACGAAGCAAAUUUCUCG